CGCAAUCUCUCCCGUGCAUUAACCAUUUUAGUGCUGUGUCAGAGAGCGCGGGCGAGGGGAAGACAGAUGUACUUACUCGCUUAACAGAAACAUAUUUUCAGAACACGGGCACGGCAGAAAUGGAACAACGGCAUCCGCUCGCAGGUGAAUGUGAGGAAUAGUGAAGAAAACUCUGCGUUCCUGCGCGCUAUUGCGGUGAUGGAGCUCAGAGCACUUGUAGCUGCGCUCCGUGUAUCUGAUGCUGAACAAUGCUGAGAGUCUGGCCUCAGGAUGUUGGAAUUGGGCACUUGUUCGGUCAGCGCUCAGACCCUCUCUGACCGCAAUGCCCUGGCAGUCCCGUCUUUCGGUCAGGGUAUGUGUGGCGGGAGCCCGCCUCCGCGAUGUUUUCUCCUCCAGCCUCAGGACCCAGAGAGCUGGCUCAAGCACCGGGGAACCCUGGAGGAAGGCUCCCGCUCCUGUUCGCUCCUGGAGCCCCAGAGCCUGGCUGACAGCUUUCUGUCCCAUGCAUCCAGUUUCGACACGCUCUACGUCCCCCACGCCCGUCCCAUGGGUCUGGCGCCAUCCUCCCUGGAUCUCGGAGGGUCGUGCGAGGGGGCGGCCGUGCUGGGUCUGGACCCCGACAUGCCCGUCAGCCCGAAUAUCAUUAAACGGCGCAGAGGGGGACUCAUUGAACAACGGGACAUCAUUAAAGCACACCAGGCACACAAGAUCCAGAGCACCCCACAGGCCCGGCGCAAGGAAUGGGAAAUGGCUCGCUUCGGAGACGAUGUUCCCGGUCUGCUGGGAGCCGGGGAUGGGGGUUCGGAGCGCAGUCGGAACCGAGAUGCACCGGCGGUAUCCACAGGUGGAGUUUCACCAGCUUUCAAACAGACCAAAGCUCAACGAGCCCGAACCAUGGCCCUGUACAACCCCAUCCCGGUCCGACAGAACUGCUUCACCGUAAACAGAUCGCUCUUUAUCUUUGGAGAGGACAACAUCGUUAGGAAGUACGCUAAGAAGAUCAUAGAAUGGCCUCCGUUUGAAUAUAUGAUCCUGGCCACCAUUAUCGCAAACUGCAUCGUCCUGGCCUUGGAGCAGCACUUGCCUGGAGAGGACAAGACGCCCAUGUCAAAGAGACUUGAAAAAACAGAGCCCUACUUUAUAGGAAUGUUUUGCUUUGAAGCCGGAAUAAAAAUCAUUGCUUUGGGAUUUGUAUUCCACAAGGGCUCAUACCUGAGGAACGGCUGGAAUGUAAUGGACUUCAUUGUGGUCCUAAGUGGGAUUCUGGCCACAGCAGGAGCUCACAUGAAUAUUUCAUUAGACCUGCGCACGCUGAGGGCUGUGAGGGUAUUACGGCCCCUUAAACUGGUUUCUGGCAUUCCUAGUCUGCAAAUAGUUCUUAAAUCCAUAAUGAAGGCGAUGGUGCCACUGCUACAGAUUGGUCUGCUGCUGUUUUUUGCCAUUCUCAUGUUUGCUAUUAUCGGACUCGAGUUCUACAGUGGAAAACUCCACAAAAUAUGUGUAGCUUUUUCAAACAUUACAGACUCUGAGAGAGCAGACUCAUCUGAAAUUGAAUUCCCAUGUGGGGCUAAGGCUUGUCCUCCAAAUUAUCAGUGCACUGGCAACUGGUCCGGACCCAACGAUGGCAUCACUCAGUUUGAUAACAUCUUAUUUUCCAUACUCACUGUCUUCCAGUGCAUUACAAUGGAAGGCUGGACAACUGUACUCUACAAUACCAACGAUGCCUUAGGCGCUACUUGGAAUUGGCUCUACUUCAUUCCCCUAAUAAUAAUUGGCUCCUUCUUUGUGUUGAAUCUGGUAUUAGGAGUCCUGUCAGGGGAGUUUGCUAAAGAGCGAGAGCGGGUGGAGAACCGAAGAGCGUUCAUGAAGCUCAGGAGACAGCAACAGAUCGAGAGGGAGCUGAACGGGUAUCGGGCCUGGAUCGACCGUGCAGAGGAGGUGAUGCUUGCAGAGGAGAACAAGAAUUCAGGACCUUCUGCUUUAGAUGUGCUAAAAAGAGCCACCACAAUAAAGAGAAGAGGGGUGGAUGAUGUUCGGAGAGGUCCAGAGGAACAGUAUGCUGACAUAUCGUCUGUAGGGAUGCCAUUGAACAGAGCCAGCAUACGCAGUGCUAAAAGAGGACCAACAUCCUAUUUCCGUCGAAAGGAACGCAUGCUACGUAUUUCUGUUCGCCGUAUGGUGAAGACUCACACCUUCUACUGGAUCGUUCUGGGUCUGGUGGCUCUCAACACUUUUUGUGUUGCCAUCGUACACCACAAGCAGCCUCAGUGGUUGUCUCAGCUACUUAACUAUGCAGAGUUCCUGUUUCUGGCUCUUUUUCUUACUGAGAUGUUUCUCAAGAUGUAUGGACUCGGGCCCAGACUCUAUUUCCACUCCUCCUUCAACUGCUUUGAUUUUGGCGUGAUAGUAGGCAGCAUUUUUGAAGUGCUUUGGGGGUUCUUCAGACCUGGCACAUCCUUUGGGAUCAGCGUUCUGCGUGCCUUGCGGUUGUUGAGAAUUUUUAAGAUCACAAAGUACUGGGCAUCCUUGAGAAACCUGGUUGUGUCUCUGAUGAACUCCAUGAAGUCCAUUAUCAGUUUGCUCUUCCUGCUUUUCCUCUUCAUUGUGGUAUUUGCUCUUCUGGGCAUGCAGCUCUUUGGUGGAAGGUUUAUCUUUGAAGACUACACACCCACUAAUUUUGACACUUUUCCAGCAGCCAUCAUGACAGUGUUUCAAAUUCUCACUGGUGAGGACUGGAAUGAAGUCAUGUACAAUGGCAUUCGGUCUCAGGGUGGCGUGAAGUCUGGGAUGUGGUCGUCUGUCUACUUCAUUGUUCUGACUCUGUUUGGAAAUUAUACACUGCUCAACGUCUUCUUGGCUAUCGCUGUUGACAAUUUGGCCAAUGCCCAGGAGCUCACAAAGGACGAAGAGGAGGAGGAAGAGGCGUUUAAUCAGAAACAUGCCCUGCAGAAAGCCAAGGAGGUUGGGCCCAUGUCCUCUUUCAUGUGCUCAGAGAGGAGGAGGAGGCCCUACCUGUACAGGAAGCGUGCAAUUCACCGGAGCCGUGCGGCCUACUCCUUUGAGGAUUCAGAGAGUCUGGCUGAUGCUCGUCCACUCAAUGCCUCUAACUCUUUCAUGUCCAGGAGAGAGAGAAGGAGGAGACUGACCAUGUCCGUUUGGGAGCAGAGGACCAGCCAGUUGCGCCGACACAGACAGAUGUCCAGCCGCGAGAUCCUUUUCAACAGCCCGAGUGAGGAGCACGACGGACCACCUGGCUGCCAUCACCACAGAAAGCCUGGGAUAUCUCCGUCUAACAGCAAGCGCAGAGCCGUCGAGACCACCACCACCACCAUGCCGGAGGGUAACUUAGAGCCACCCAUGCCUAUGGACAUGCCCGUGGAUGAGCAAGCUCUGUCCAUUCCUAUUCCUGAACCCCCUUUAGCUAUUCCAAUACCGGAGCCACCAAUGCCUGUGGACGUAUCCCUCCCUGAACCCCCAGUGACGCUGAACCUACCCCUAACAGAGCCGUCUGAAUCAAAGACCUCACCUGAGGGCACUUUGGACAUCAAUAACCAUUGCCCCAGACUGAAUGGAAACAGACGGCAGCGGGCCGUCCGUAAGUACAGGCCUCCUGUGAUGGGGGACACGCUGACCCCUGAUAUGGGGCCCAGGCCACGGCGUCCACGCCACCGUGAAUGUCACAUAGAUGCCAGGGGUAAAGAGACACAGCAAGAAGACGGUGGUAUUGACAGUAGAGAACAAAGGCCAGGGAACGAGGAAGAUGAAAAGGAUUCAAAGAACGAUGGAGAGAUCAGUCCAGAUGGCAAAGUGCUUGAACAGAGGCAGAACAAACCAGACAACUCUGAAUCAUCAGAAACCAAACCAGCCAACUCCCCCCGCAAAAACCCACAUCAGGACUCAGAACCUGCAACUCUACAGCUCACUGACAGCACACUCCAGCAGUCCCCACAGGCAACUUUGGGUGCCAGUGAGACCGAUAAUAACAACCACGGAUGCUUGAAUCAGGAUAAGUCCUCCCUCAACACCAGCAUCAUGAUAGAGGUCACCGACACUCAUCCGUCCAUGGAGCUGACCUCCAUUACGGGUAAUAGUAAAGAUGUGGAGACCUCAAAGCCAGAGAAAGAAGAGGAAACCCCAGAUGCACCAAAAGCCCCUCCACCUGUCAGCAUGUUCAUCUUCAAACCCAGCAACCCGGUCCGCAGGGCCUGCCACUAUAUUGUCAAUCUUCGUUAUUUCGAGAUGUCAAUCCUUCUUGUGAUCGCCGCCAGCAGUAUCGCCUUGGCUGCUGAAGACCCUGUCAAUACUAAUUCGGACAGGAACAAAGUGCUGCGCUAUUUUGAUUAUGUAUUCACUGGUGUCUUCACAUUUGAAAUGAUAAUCAAGAUGAUUGAGCAGGGUUUGCUCUUGCACGAUGGCUCAUAUUUCCGUGACCUGUGGAACAUUCUGGACUUCAUAGUUGUUGUGGGAGCUCUGGUAGCCUUUGCUCUCACAAGUAACACAGGAAGAGACAUUAAAACCAUCAAAUCACUGCGUGUUCUCAGAGUAUUGAGGCCUCUUAAGACUAUUAAAAGACUUCCCAAACUUAAGGCUGUGUUUGACUGUGUGGUCACGUCACUAAAGAAUGUCUUCAACAUCCUCAUUGUCUACAAGCUCUUUAUGUUCAUAUUUGCAGUCAUUGCAGUGCAGCUUUUCAAAGGGAAGUUUUACUACUGUACUGACAGUUCCAAGGACAGUGAAAACGAGUGCAAGGGUUACUACAUUGAUUAUGACAAAGACAAGAAAAAGGAGAAACGAGAAUGGAAGAGACGUGAUUUUCAUUAUGAUAACAUCAUCUGGGCUCUGUUGACGCUCUUCACUGUAUCCACUGGGGAAGGGUGGCCACAAGUUUUGCAGCACUCUGUGGAUGUGACCGAAGAGGACCGGGGUCCCAGUCAGGGAAACAGAAUGGAGAUGUCCAUCUUCUACGUCAUUUAUUUUGUGGUGUUCCCCUUCUUCUUCGUCAACAUAUUUGUGGCCCUCAUCAUCAUCACCUUCCAAGAGCAGGGUGACAAAAUGAUGGAGGAGUGCAGUCUGGAGAAAAAUGAGAGGGCUUGUAUCGACUUUGCCAUCAGUGCCAAACCUUUGACUCGCUACAUGCCCCAGAACAGACAGACCUUACAGUACCGGCUGUGGCACUUUGUGGUGUCUCCCGUAUUUGAAUACACCAUACUGACGAUGAUCGCCCUUAACACCAUCGUUCUCAUGAUGAAGCAUCAUGACCCUCGUAUUGCAAGCUAUGACAAUGUCCUGAAAAACCUCAACACUGUGUUCACUGUUAUUUUCACUGUGGAGUGUGUUCUCAAGAUCCUGGCAUUUGGAAUUAUGAAUUAUUUCAGAGACACAUGGAAUAUAUUUGACUUCAUCACAGUUCUAGGAAGCAUCACUGAAAUUGUGGUUGACAAAGUCCACGCUGUAAAAGGUUUUAAUAUGGGCUUCCUGAAGUUAUUCCGGGCAGCCAGGCUGAUUAAACUUCUGCGUCAGGGCUACACCAUUCGUAUUCUGCUCUGGACUUUUGUCCAGUCUUUCAAGGCUCUUCCAUAUGUCUGUCUGCUAAUUGCCAUGCUGUUUUUCAUCUAUGCCAUCAUUGGCAUGCAGGUAUUCGGCAACAUCAAGCUGAAUUCAAAAACCCAAAUCAACGAACACAAUAACUUUAAGACAUUUUUUGGUGCACUUAUGCUGUUGUUUAGGAGUGCAACAGGUGAGUCAUGGCAGGAAAUCAUGUUAUCGUGUUUAGGAGAAAAGGACUGUGAACCAGACAAGUCUGUCAACUCAACUACAAAUGAGAAAAAAGAUUGUGGUACCGACUUUGCAUACUUCUACUUUGUCUCCUUCAUCUUCUUCAGUUCUUUUCUGAUGCUAAAUCUAUUUGUGGCCGUGAUCAUGGAUAAUUUUGAGUACCUGACGCGUGACUCGUCCAUUCUGGGUCCUCACCACUUGGAUGAGUUUGUACGGAUCUGGGGAGAGUAUGACCGUGCAGCAUGUGGCCGUAUUCAUUACACUGAUAUGUACGAGAUGCUGACCUGCAUGUCGCCACCGCUUGGCCUGGGCAAGAAAUGCCCCUCCAAAGUGGCGUAUAAGCGGUUGGUUUUGAUGAACAUGCCAGUGGAUGAGGACAUGUCCGUCCACUUCACCUCCACUCUUAUGGCCCUGAUAAGAACUGCGCUGGACAUUAAAAUCGCUCGAGGGGGUGAGGACAGGGGUCAGAUGGACAUAGAACUGCAGAAGGAAAUUAGCGUCAUUUGGCCACACCUUUCACAGAAAUCUCUUGAUCUGCUUGUACCCAUCCACAAAGCCAGUGACAUGACCAUCGGGAAGAUUUAUGCAGCCAUGAUGAUAAUGGACUACUACAAGCAGAACAAAGCUAAGAAGCUCCGUCAACAGCUUGAGGAACAGAAACAUGCACCGAUGUUCCAACGCAUGGAUGCAUCUUCAUUGCCACAGGAUAUUCUCUGCAGUGCCAAAGCUCUGCCAUUCCUGACCCACAGUGCAGGAUCUGCCCUGACUAGAGGUGGGUUUGUGGCACUGAGUCCCAUUUCCCCUCAAGAUCUCUUCAUGCAGCCCUUGGCCCAAGACAGCAUGGAAGAGCAGGAAGACUACCAACACCAGUAUCACCUUCAGAGUAUGGUGCCAGAGCACAAAGAAUUUAGCAGUGUGCUGUGCCCCACUAGCAUGCAGGCCGAUCCUCUGCAAGUGCCAGGGAGAGGCGUCUCUAUCCGAGCCUCUUCCAUGCCUCGACUGGCGGUAGAGCCACAGCAGUUGUCUUCGGAGAGUAAGCUGAUGAAGCGCUCGUUCUCCACGAUCGGUGAUCAGUGUGUGAACGGUGACUGGCAGGAAGAGUUCUCUCUGGAGAGGGUGAGCCCAGACCGACUGGAAAGACCCAGGCAAAGAAGCUUCAGAGCUGUCAGGUCAAACCUGCGGGAGCCAGUAGACAAAGAAAGAGGACGGUCUAAAGAGCGAAGACACCUGCUGUCUCCAGACGUGUCUCGCUGCAACUCAGAAGAAAGGAGUCAGUCCCAGGAGAGACGCCACUCUCGAUCGCCCAGUGAGGGUAGGAAGCACACGACCCUCAGACAGGGAAAUAGUUCAGGCAGCCCAAUUCCCUCCACUUCUGAUUCAGGGACGCCUCGAGGGCGCCGGCAACUCCCACAGACACCUUCUCGGCCUCGGCCUCACAUCUCCUACUCUCCAUUAGUGUGUCGUGCCAAUCCCACACAAGGGGAGGCUCGGUCACGCGCACAGCCCGCAGAGGAAGGGGAGGAGCCAACCGGGACCGGGCCAGGCACCGCCAUGGCCCACUCGACCCCUCACCGCUACAUCUCAGAGCCAUACCUGCCACUGCAGGAGGACGUUAACAGUCCGGACUCAAGUGGUGUAGAGGAGACUCUCACUUUUGAGGCUGCCAUGGCCACCAGCCUGGGCCGCUCCAACACCAUCAGCUCCGCUCCACAGCUACGUCACACCUGGCAGGUGCCUAACGGACAUUUCCGUAAGCGACUAGCACAAGCCACGUCAGGGACGUCAGGCUGCGAGCUUCUCAGUGACACUGAUGAGGAUGACCGAUGUUAGAUUGAUGCCUCUGAACUUUGUGCCUCGAUCUAAGGAAAAAAAUAUGCCUGUGUGUGUUUAUUUGUGUCUGUUAAUGUGGAGUCUGAUCAGAGAUGUGUAAUCAUCUCAGAAGAACCAUACUAAAGAUCUGAAGAUCACAAACUGCGUGUGGUGAAAGAACAGCAGCAAGGCUGCUGAAAUGAUCAACAGUCUUAUCAUGAGCACACUAAGGGAUGAAGAUCGGGUUUGCGCCCUUACACUUUCUCGAACCCACCUGCAGAUGAAGCACUGGCUAAUGCAGAUGAAUCCAAAUGCAUCAUCAGGAUCUGGGUCUUGCCCGAACGCACUCAGGUUUCCAAACCUGCCUUCACAUAUUGAGAUAUCCCAUCAGCAGAAAAUCUGUAUACUGCCGAUAAGGACAGCAUGUUCGGAUAUAGCGUUUACAUGGUCUUUUCCUGACAUAAUAUACAGCAGUGUAAUGUGGAGGCCGCUUGUUUUUGAUUUUCAGAGGCUGAUGGGCAGAUAACAGAUGCGUAACGGGGGCUUUGACAUCCUGAUUGUUCUGCUACCUGUGUCUGUGGUUUGUUUAGGAGGUACACACAAGCAUACGCUGUAAUACACACACUUAGAACACAGGCAGUGAUGUUCAGUCUGUCUAUGACGAGAGGUAAAUACCCCUUUAACUACAUAUCGUAAUAAUGACUGACAUUCCGUGAAGGUAACGGGGCCUGAUAAAUAGUGCAUGACGAUAAUGCAAGUGGAUCCAGGUGACGUCCUGGCCUUUAACAAUGGAGUCUAUAUGGAGGACUCGUGUAUCGUAUGUAAAUAUUAUAAAUCCAGUAUAUGUACUGAGACGUUUCCAAGCCAUGUUUUCUGUAAAGAACUUCAGUUGUCUUAAAGAUGUUAUCUUUUGUGACAAGAUGACCAAUCCCUGUCCUUUCUAUUUGUAAUGCAAACUAUUUGAAAUGGUUAUGGUUCACAUACACCAUGUUAUGUUUGAUUAGACUUAUCAUCUCAUUCUUUUCUAGCUGAUUUUUCUUGGCCCUUAAGAAAAUUUCUAAUAAGUCUCUCUUUGGGUGAAUCUCACAAAGCCUGUCGGGGUCAUUAUUUCACCACAAAGCCAAGAGGAAAAAUAAGCUAUUAUAUUUUGCAGACAGAAAAUGAAGCAUUUAUUAUGCAAGCAACCAUUAUGAAUUUUUGCAUUGCUUCAUAGAAUUUUUUACUUGGGCAGUAAAUAGAGUACAAAAGUAAAACUGGUUGCAAACAUUAUUUCAUGUUCAUACAAUAAUUCUAAUGAGAAUCUUGUGAGAAUAAUAAUAUCAAUAAAAAAUUUGGUGGAAAAAUGGUCAUGAAAAUAAUGUCAUGAAAAACAAUGCAAAUAAUCUUAAUGGUACAGAAAUAGGGAUUCUUGCUUCCUAUGCAAAUUAUAAUUUCAAAGCAACAACAACAAAAAGGGUAAGAUAUGACCUGUACAUGUUUUACUGCGAUUCACCCCUUUAGCUCUAAUAAUAGAAUGGGAAAAGCAAUUACAAUGAGUGUUUGUUGCCUCCGGGUUCAUUUGUAAUGUUUAUUGUGAAUUUCCAUUUAUAGUUUGGCGUAGAAACUGAAGAGUCCUGUAUUUUAAAUCGAUGAGAAGCAUCACCUCCUUCUUAUGUGCUAGGCCUAGCAGAAAAGCUGAAAUUCAAAAUGUACUUUUUGCCGGAAUAAGGUGAGCUGGGAUUGAAACGUAGCUGUAGGAAAUGGGCGUAAAUUGUAAUAUUAGUCUUUUGAGUAUUGUAGCAGAAGUAUGGAACCAAUGUUAUUGGUCUCCCAACAUGCCUACUCAGAUGGUCUCCACAAAAACAAUACAAAGAUAAUUGCAUAGCAUUUUUAAAUUAAUAAACAUCUUUGGUUAGUUUCUGUAUAUGCAGCAUCUUAUUAAAAGCAUUUUAAAAUCAGUUGCCCCUCAAGAGAAUUUCUGUAUCAUGUGUUGUGUUGUAAUUUGUUUUUCUUGACAUGUUCCUGAAUGUGAAUAGAGAGUAUUUGGUACUUGUUCUUCAUGGCCUGCUGGGGGUCGCUGCCUUGUGAAUUAUAUGAAAUAAAAAAAGAUU